AUAAAACGCCGGACUACUUUUUAUUUUUAAUAUCCGUCAGAGACGAGGCGGCAGCGCUCACGAAAACUCGUGAUUCGCUCAAAAACCACUCCAGGGCUAUAAUUGCGGUCCGUUUAUAAUUAAACGCUGACGCAGCAGAGCAGGUUUUGUUUCACGAGUUUCAAUCUACUUUAGAAGAGGACCGUGAACCAGUGUUUGUUGGGCUUGGUGGUGAGUUCUGAAGAUAAAUUUAAACGAAUGGGAGACCCAAAAAAAAUAUCGAUCAGGGAAUCAAUCAGGCUGAGUGUGAAGCAAUUUUGGCCCUACCCUGGAUAAGACUGGAUGCUGGGUGUGAAUUUUAAUUAGAGCAAGCUAAUUAACGCCUUCAAUCAGUUUGCUCUGAAUCGAGAUAAUGCACUUUGGGUGAGGGUGAUCGAGUGAUUCCAGGGAAGUGAGAGGGAAGCACUUCCGGUGUGUACUCUUGACCCGGGUUUACAUUGCACCCGCAGUGCAGCCAAGCGAAAAUGAUCAGAGUGUGAGAGAAAACUGAUGAGUGAGAUGACAGUGUUGUGUAUCUUUUGGGCAACCUUGUCCACUGUGGCAUCCAUCCUCGCGUGUUCUGGAUUUUAUCUUCCUUAUUGGAUUCAGGGACGACUUAUGGGGAAAGCGGACGCCUACUUCAAUUCGUUUAGACGAUGCAAUUAUCCUAAAAUUAAAGCACCCAACGCUACCCCAGAAAUAGUAUACGAGUGUGCUAGGUACUCCAGCUUCUGGGAUAUUCCGAGCCCGUGGUGGCAAGCCAGCACAGUGACCAUCGGCAUCGGAGUAGCCAUCGCCGUGAUUGGGGCACUCACCCUUUUGGCGGCAGCCUCCUCUUUCCUACCACAUGUUCUCAAGACCCCGAAGCACACUCGGGUUCUUGGAUCUCUCCAACUCCUAUCUGCAGUGAUGAUAUGCGGCGGACUGGUGAUGUACCCAAUAGGAUGGGAUAACCGGGAAGUCAGAGAAUCCUGCGGCAAAGGAGCGAAUGUCUACAAUCUCGGCAAGUGCUCAGUGUCCUGGUCGAGUCAUCUCUUGGUUGGAGCUGUGGCUCUACUGAUGCUGUGCUUCAGUCUCAGUUUUUGUGCAGCCCGACACAAGCCUGCUCAUGGACAUUCAGAUCCCUUGCGAAUAUGACGAUCGUCGAAUUCAAGAUACUCUCAAUCGAUCCACGCCUACUCCUCGCCGAAAACAACAACUCUAUCUUUCGUGACGGUUUGUUGAUAAAAAUCAAAUCUGCUUUUUGUUUAUAUUUUAUUGUAAAAUUAGUUACAAGGUUAGAGAAAGGCGUGAAUGGAUUAGGUUACGAAUUAGGAUGACCAAGAUGCAAUAGUGCACCAAGACUGCUAAUCAGACUACGAUUCCUGAUUAUGAAUGAAAGGUGUCAUUUAUAAAAUAAGGGAAACUAUGCAAUAUUGGGUCACUUCAAAGAGUAGGGUAUCUAGAUUUGAUGAAAUAUAUGCCAAGGAAUGUUCCAAUGAUAAGGUUACUGCUCGGAGAAACGAAAUGAAAAGUUGUUUACUUGUGGAGACAAAAUGAAAAGUUGCUAACUUAAAUUGUAUUAUGGACAUCAACGUUAUCGACUCUGUUACACCUUUCCACGUAGUUUCUCUGAGGUUGAACCUUGUUAUUUAGACACUUCAAUAUAAACCAUUUUUAUCGACAGAAAAUUGUUUCUUGGUAGACUCUGGACUUGUGAUUAAAGUUUGGAAUCCAAUCAACAAUAUCUUUAAAGCCGAUGAUUUAUAGUUUCAUAUUUUCACUGAAUGAAUUUGAAGACAAAUUCAAAGAAGAGAUGAAAAUACUCUAAACUGGCAACCUACAAUUACGGAUGAUAAAUUAUUCUUUCAUUUGUAAUUUUGUCACCAAAAGUGAUCCCCUGCUCUUCAUUCAGAAGUUUGAAAAAAACACUUUAAAAAUGGUUUUUCAAAUAAUCAGAGAGAGGAGAAUAAUUUAUUAAAGGAACUGUUUUUUUUUGCGAAAACAAUUAAAUGAAUCGUUAAGAUUUUAUCUGAUUUUUAUUACCGUGUUUAAACAUUUUUCAUAAAUUAAAUAAAAGGUUUAGAAAUAGUGACCCACUCUUGCAUGGUUGGCCCCAAACGAUGUACAAUAUGCUGGUUCAAAAAUAUAUUUGUUCAUUUUUAUUCUCUCACUCUCCAGAAAUAAAUGGAUAUUUAGGUGUUCUUGAUAAAAGGUUUUUCUUCUAAAUUAUUCAAAGAAUUUGCUUAUUUUUUGUUUGCAUUUUUUUAACAUUUGUUUUUAAUAAGCAAAAUGAACUUAAGAUAUGCAUUUUGGAUCAGCAUUUUUGGAUCAUCCUAAUGUGCACUGUAUCGAAGAAAGAAAUACUGUUUGCUGAGGUACUUCUAGAAAAAAUACAUUCGAAUGUUACAUAGAUUUAUUUAAUAAAUCAUAUUCUGAUAGCAUUUAAAAUGCCCCUGAGACGAAAACUCACAGUUGCUAAAAGAAAAUUGUAAAAAAGGAAAAAGACUUACAUUACUUUUGGAAAUUACGACUAAAUCAAUUUAAUAUUUUACUCAAGACAUCCGAUGCUAUUUUGAUGAAAAAAGA